CAACGUCCCCAGCAAUGCACCUGUGCUCAGUCGCUCAGCCGUGUCCGACUCUGUGACCCUGUGGGCUGCAGCCUUCCAGGCUCCUCUGUCCAUGGGAUUCUCCAGCAUCACCAGCACCAUGCCAUCACCGCUCAAGCUCAUGGCCAACCGAGCCUUUGAUGCCUUCACUCCAAAGGGCGUUGUUAUUUCCAAAAGAGAGAAGCCUGGACAUGUCUACCAGAAAGAUGACCUGCCAAAAGGUCUGCCAAAAGAAGCCAUAGUUCUCGGAGCCAUCCAGAUCCUGUGUUUCCUGGUGAUUUCAAGUUUGGGGGUCAUUUUGGUUUCUGCUCCCAAUUCUUCCCAGCUCAGCCCAGCAAUUUCCAGCAUUCUGAUGACUGGGUACCCAUUUUUAGGAGCUCUGUGUUUUGCCAUUACCGGAACCCUCUCAAUUAUCUCUGGGAAAAAAUCAAGUAAGCCUUUUGCCAUGAACAGCCUCACCUUCAGUGUGGUGAGCUCUGUGGCUGCUGGAGUGGGCCUCGUCCUCCUCGCGGGCAGCCUGGUAACCCUGAGGACGGCCUCCCAGCAGUGUGAGUCCAGAAGGGAUUACCUAGCCUCACUGCCUGAUUCGACGUACUAUUACUUGAUAUAUGACGUCAAGGACUGUCUCCUGACCAGUGCCGGUCUAACAGGUGUCCUGCUGGUGAUGCUCACCUUCACGGUGCUGGAGCUCUUAGCAGCUGCAUACGCGUCUGUCUUUUGGUGGAAACGGUCAUUGACAGCCCUGCGUUCAUCCAGUCACGAAUAAGAAGAACUGGGGGACCGGAGCCGACAUACACACAUCACGAUGGAUGAGAUAACUAGUAAGAACCUGCUGCAUAACACAGGGCCUCUCCUCAGCGCUCUGGGCUGGCAGAGGGAGCUCGUGUACAUGGACGGCUGACUCGCUCUGCUGCGCUGCCGAACAGCAGAGACUAACACGAUGCGGCAAAGCAGCUAAACUCCAGUAAAAACCAAAAAGAUGAGAGAAUGUGUGGUCUCGCGCUGGAGUGAACUGGCGAGUCGUGCGGUUUGUAGGCCCUGCUUCUGUAGCGCUUUCAUAUUCACAUUGCUUACAUUUUAAACAUCAUGGAUUCCAAGAACAUUUCAAUUAAAAAAUACUUCUACAACAA